AUGCCCCGCAACACCGAGAAUUCGCGUGCGGCUGCCGCACACGCGCUCGCUGAUCUCGCAACGAUUCACGAAGACGACGACGAGUUCCAGGACACGGAUCCGCCUCCCCCUGAGGAAUCUCCACCCUCCGAUGCCUCCACUUCGACGAGCAUCUGGGAGUCCUUGCCCUUGUCAACGUUGCAGAUGCUGGCCGACGAAUUUCAUCUGGGACAUCCGCCGAUUGCAGCUAAGUCUACGUACGCUGCGCAACUCGACAGGUUUCAAAUUCCAAUUACUGCUCUACAAACCCUUUCGCGAGGUGCCGAGCGGGCGAUCGUCCCGCGCCGACAAAGUGUUGACGACGGAGCAGCGGACAUGCUACCCGCAGUUCCUACUCGCCGACCGACAUGGCUCAACGAGUUGCAGACGCCGACCCUCCCGAAACAACGAGCAAACGAGACGUUCGACGACUACGCGAUGCGGUUGAGGAACAUGCUGUCAGCGGGACGAGUGACCGACGAGCACCGCAUCUGCUGUCUCCUGGAAAACACGCUCGCCCACGUCCAAGCCACAGCCAACCGGCUGUAUAAACGCGGGUUCGUGGACUUCGAGUCACUCGUCCACGAGAUCUCGAGACGACAUCCCACUCCACAUCUGGAGCGACUGCAGAGGUUCCGCACGAUGAAACCACAGGACGAGGAGAGUUUUUUCAACUUCGGCGAACGCCUGCGCGAAGAAUAUGAGGCCUACAUCCAGAUGACGGCAGACGACCUCACCGACGGCGAGAUCCUCAUCCAACACAUUCUUAAGGAACAGUUGCUGAACAUCGCCGAACCCGGAUUGAAGGAGGAGCUACGCAAGAAGUGGACACGCAAUCGAGCGUUGACGUGGGAUGACAUGGUUGAUAUCGCGGAAGCGUAUCGGAUCAAUAACCGCCCAGUUUCCACCGGUUCGUCAUCCGGAAAAACCGGUUCUCGACACAGGGAGCUCCCACCAAAGCAGUGGUGCGAGUUUCACAAACGCCACAUGCGACAUGGCUCCCAGGAAUGCAGAUUACGCCAUCGAGCUGGAGCACAAACCAGCUCCACCGCCGAGGACUCGACAGGGAAAUCCACCGCCGGUUCCGCCGGCCAGUCUGUUUCGCAAGCCCGGGCACCGUGUUCGCGAAUGUCCGCAGAUUUCGGGAAACGCGACGUCGUAACAGUGAAUGCGGCGCACUGUUAUAUGACGAACCUCCCCGCCGCUCCUCCCCCCAUUCUCCUGCAAAUCGUUUUAGCCGGGCAAAGCUUUUCAGCGUUACUUGACACCGGCGCUUCCCAUUCGUUUCUCUCUGAGGGCAUUGCAAAUCAGCUCAGGCUUCCGUCUGAACCCCUGUGCACGACGGUCGGCACAGCUUUGGGUCCUGACGCGGUUCGGGUCUCACGGGUGUUACCGCUGGCCAUCACCCUGGACGGAAAACGGGUCUUUACGGGUUUUCAGGAGGUCAUGCGCGCCCCAUCAAAGCCUACGCUUUUGGUCGGCGCUGGCAUUCCGUUCGUGGAUGGGACUCCUACUGAACGCGCGCGGAUCACGCAGCUCUUGAAACAACAUGCGCCUCUCAUUCGGCAAUGGUCUGGGCGACGCGGUUUGUUUGCGGAUUACGUUGUGCGCAUUCCCACAGUGGAGGCUUCCCCUCCAGCUGUCCGCCAGUUUCGACAUUCGGUUGAACAUCAUUGUGAGCUGUUGGGGAUGUACACGGUGCUGAUUGGUUUUCCAUUCCAGAGACUAGCCGUUGAAGAAGGACGAUGGAAGACAGAGAGGGAUUGUAUCCGGAACCCGUUCAGCUGUAUGCCGAUCAGGAAUUCCGUGUUGAGCUGCAGUGCAAUCGUAUGCUGCAGGCUUGUGCUCUCCACCUCGGUUGAUGGCGUGAGCUCAAGAUUCCGGGCCUCAUUCCAAGAUUUCUCGUACUUAACCCGGAAGGCGGCCGGUUGCCAUGACGAAUCUCUCAAGCAAUGUGGAGGGAUUCUUCCUGUUUCCCGUGUGUUGCGGCGUUACAAAUUGGGUGUGUAUUCCGUCCUCAUAAGCUUUUCCUCCAUUUUGGCGCGAAUGGUUGUGCUUCUCGGCCAUUCGCCAACGUUUUGGGAGGUACAGAAGUUGUUGAACGUUACUUCGGUGGCGCUGCUCGCGGUGGCUCGUUACUAUCCUCUGAGCGCGAGCAUCUCACUAGACGACUUCCUUACCUUCUGUAAUGGAGGUGAUGUGUAACCAUCGAACGAGUGGAUUUGUGUGAACAUCGGAAGGCUUUUCCACUGGGAAUAUGCGACGACGCUUGCCAAUAAUUUGGGGCAUUUUCCACCGGCGAAUUUCUGUGAUUUUUCGAUGGUUGAUUAUUCCAUCACAUCGCGCGCAUCGAUUUUUUGCUCAUGAAAAGUUACUCUUGAUCAAGGACGAGAAUAGAUCGGAAUAAUUCCAGAAGAAA